GGGUGUUAAAAAAAAACCUGGGCCCUGCCUGGCGUGAUGUCUCGUGCCUGUAAUCCCAGCGCUUUGGGAGGCGAGGUGGGCAGAUCACCUGAGGUCAGGAGUUUUGAGACCAGCCUGACCAACAUGGGGAAAUCCCAUCUCUACUCAAAAAUAAACAAACAAACAAAACACACACACAAAAAUUAGCCAAGUGUGAUGGAUCAUGCCUUUAAUUCCAGCUAUACCAAAGGCCGAGGCAGGAGAAUCGCUUGAACUCAGGAGGUGGACGUUGCAGUGAGCUGAGAUCACACCAUUGCACUCGAGCCUGAGCAACAAGAGGGAAACUCCAUCUAAAAAAAAAAGAAAAAAAAAAAAGAAAAGAAAAAGGGUUCUGCUUCAGACUAGUUAAACCAGAAUCUCCAGGGUGGGGCAUUGGAAAUGAGAACAAGAGAAAAGAAAAACUUUUUCAGUGAGGCAGCGUCCAUUCAGAAGAGAGAUUAAAGUGCUUCUUCCUGACUGGUGACAGUCAGAGUCAGAAUCACAGGUGGAUUAGCAGGGAGUGUUAUAAAAACCUUAGAGUGAAAGCCUGCAGUUGUCUUACUAAGAGAUGGAUCCAGCUGUGGUUCUGGUGUUCUGUCUCUCCUGUUUGCUUCUCCUUUCACUCUGGAGUCAGAGCUCUGCAAGAGGGAGGCUGCCGUCUGGCCCCACUCCUCUCCCGAUUAUUGGAAAUAUCCUGCAGUUAGAUGUUAAGGACAUUGGCAAAUCCUUAACCAAUUUCUCAAAAGUCUAUGGCCCUGUGUUCACUGUGUAUUUUGGCCUGAAGCCCAUUGUGGUGUUGCAUGGAUAUGAAGCAGUGAAGGAGGCCCUGAUUGAUCAUGGAGAGGAGUUUUCUGGAAGAGGCAGUUUUCCAGUGGCUGAAAAAGUUAAUAAAGGACUUGGAAUCCUUUUCAGCAAUGGAAAGAGAUGGAAGGAGAUCCGGCGUUUCUCCCUCAUGACUCUGCGGAAUUUUGGGAUGGGGAAAAGGAGCAUCGAGGACCGUGUUCAAGAGGAAGCCCGCUGCCUUGUGGAGGAGUUGAGAAAAACCAAUGCCUCACCCUGUGAUCCCACUUUCAUCCUGGGCUGUGCUCCCUGCAAUGUGAUCUGUUCCAUUGUUUUCCAUAAGCGAUUUGAUUAUAAAGAUCAGAGAUUUCUUAACUUGAUGGAAAAGUUCAAUGAAAAUCUCAGGCUUCUGAGCUCCCCAUGGAUCCAGGUCUGCAAUAAUUUCCCUGCUCUCAUCGAUUAUCUCCCAGGAAGUCACAACACAGUUCUUAAAAAUUUUGCUUAUGUUAAAAAUUACGUUUUGGAGAGAAUAAAAGAACAUCAAGAAUCCCUGGAUGUGAACAAUCCUCAGGACUUUAUUGAUUGUUUCCUGAUCAAAAUGGAACAGGAAAAGCACAAUCAACAGUCUGAAUUUACUAUUGAAAACUUGAUAGCCACUGUAACUGAUGUGUUUGGAGCUGGAACAGAGACAACAAGCACCACUUUGAGAUUUGGACUCCUGCUCCUGCUAAAGUACCCAGAGGUCACAGCUAAAGUCCAGGAAGAGAUAGAACGUGUGGCUGGCAGAAACCGGAGCCCUUGCAUGCAGGACAGGAGCCACAUGCCUUACACGGAUGCUGUGGUGCAUGAGAUCCAGAGAUACAUUGACCUCAUUCCUACUAACCUGCCCCAUGCAGUGACCUGUGAUGUUAAAUUCAGAAACUACCUCAUCCCCAAGGGCACUACCAUAAUAGCAUCACUGACUUCUGUGCUGCAUAAUGACAAAGAAUUUCCUAAUCCAGAGAUGUUUGACCCUAGCCACUUUCUGGAUAAGAGUGGCAACUUUAAGAAAAGUGACUACUUCAUGCCUUUUUCAACAGGUGUUCCAGGCGCCAGUUGAAACAGCCACCCAGCUUUGUGUGAGUUUUGUGCAGAUUCCUGCAUGCUGGCUGAAACAGCCAUGCUGGAAACUCACAGAACUUUUCAGCCUGAGAAUCUUCUGGUCUGUGGGCAGUAAAAUCUGCGGGAGAAGCGCAGUAUCUGAACCGAAGUGCUGGAGUGGCUGGAAAAGCCCCUGAUGGCCUCCAUUGUGUAGGGACGGCGGUCCUCCGGGGAUUGCACUUCCUGGGUAAGGCAGUGCCCCACCCUACCUUGGCUUGCCCUUUUUUGGGCUACACCCACUGUGCAACCAGUCCCAUUGAGGUGCAGCUGGUGCCUUGUUUGAAAAUGUGGAGAUCAAUCACCCUUGCAUAGCUCUCACUGGGAAAUGCAAUUCAGAGCUGUUCCUAUUUGGCCCUCUUGCUUUGUCUCCCAACUAUCAGAUUUUAUGUUUUAUAUAUGUGCAGUUUAUUGCAUGUCAGCUGUAAAGCUCUUGUUACCAGAUUCAGAAGAAGAUGUUGAAAAUCCUGCAGUGUCUCAUGAUGAACAUACAUACCAAGAAAUAAAGGGCUGAAAAACACUGGCAACUCCUGCAGUUCACCAUAAUCAAUUGAGCAAUGUGGUUUUAUUAUUCUUUCUUAGAGCCUAAUAACAGCAAGAGGUACCAUUUAUUAAGCAUUUGUAAAUGCCAGGUCUUAGGUCAGGUGUUCUAGAGGCACAGCACGAGAUAGGAAUUUGAAAGAGGGAAAACGGUUGUGCAGGCUUUCAGGAAGCCUGAAUCUGGCAUCUGCUUGGAUUCUAGUAAAGCCUCAGGGAGAUUUCAAUCAUGGCAGAAGGCCGAUUUCUUUCUUUUGAAUAAAACGCAAGUAAGAAAUGAAAGAAAAUAGGAUGUGAAGAAACUGUACUGGACCUCAUAAUGUUAAGCACAAAAAGGGAGAAAGGUAAGAGCGUAGGAAAGCUAUUUGGGCUGAGUGUC